AUGCUGCUUCUCCGGCAUAUCUCCGUGGCGCUGGGCGCCGCCGUGGUCGCGCUGGGCUCGGCGAUCUUCAUCGCCCUCAACUACUUCUAUCCGCGCCGCCGCCGCCGCCUGCGAAUAUGGUCACCGGAGGCGCACUACUCCGUCAUCAAGGAAGAUGAAGAGGACCCCGGGAAGCGUCGGGUCCUGGUGCUGGGCUUGGACGGAGCCGGCAAGAGCAGCAUGCUUCAGGGCCUGACGCCCGGGGGGACUAAGAGGGGCUGCUGCCGCCCCACCCGGGGCUUCAAUUUCAUGAGUUUUACUGUGUCCGCUUGCCAGCUGGACUUCCUAGAGAUAGGCGGCGGCGAGGAACUACGCCGCUACUGGGCAGAGUAUCUGAUCAAGACUCACGUGCUAGUGUACGUGGUGGACUCGUCCGACCGCGGUCGUCUCCCGGCGGCAAAGUUGGAGCUGCACCGCCUCCUGGAGACGCGACCCAACCUCCCUGUGGUGGUCAUGGGAAACAAACAGGAUAAACCAGAGGCCGUGAGCAUAUCGGAGCUUCACCAGGCACUCUCUCUGGGCUCGGUGGCGGAGGAAAGGAAGCUGUUCCUCCUGGCCGCUCAGUUGGCUUCAGAUGGCGCGCAGAGGAAUUCCUGCCAGGGCCUGCAAGCCUUCCAGAACCUCCUGCUCCAGCUUGUCUGA